UAACGUGCGUUGUAUUUUUUGUUACAAAACCUGACACUGAAUUUUACAGGAAUUGUUAACCUACUUUUUUGUUUAAAUUCGAAGUUAUGGCGCCAACAACAACAGAAAUGGCGAGUUUUAAAUUCGCCACUGCGCCUCAGGCUGGAUUUAUCUCCAUAGGAACGGCCGCUGAGGCUCAUGGGUACUGUAGUCUAUCUAGUCGUUCACUAAACCAAGGCAAUAUAUUCAACAUAACUCCAUAAACAGAUUUAAACAGGGGGGCCUACUGUUUAAAUAUGUGUUCAUUACUUAAUCUGGUUUGUAAGGUAACCGACACUUUUGUAAUACAACAUAUAAUGUAAUUGUGCCCGUUGUACGUGACAUAACGGACAAUGGGGAAAGUAAAAAAACUGAGCCGCAUACUUCCGGCCCCUCCCACCUUAAAGACAUGCAACAAGCCAGCCAGUCAGAGCGUUUCUACGGAAAGCCGUUGGGCCAAACCACUGCUUGAUUAACCUCCUCCUCGCCCCCUCCCCUCCGCUCUCCAUCAACGAUCUCGUCAGUCUGACAUUCUUCCAAAGGCAGGAUUAUGGUGAGAAUGUGGCCGCUGCUCCAAGCAAAGCAACAAGCGGAUCGGCGUUGAGGUGUCCCGAUGGUCGCGAAGGAGCGACCGCUGGACGAGCAGAGGAAGCGGCGGCAGAGGACGGUUCAGGUGGCGGCUCCAAGGAGACUGCUGUGAUGCUACGUAGGCAACUGAAAGAAAGGGGCUUUUCUACUAUGAGAGAGAGUGUGCGCGAGGAGCCCUAGCGUUCUUUUCUGUUAAGUUAUUCGUUUUUCCGUUACCGUGUUGCUGUUUUUACGGGGUACCGCGAGGAUACACGAGGCGCCGGGGAAGUUUUGGGGAAUGGCAGGUCGAAGCCGAAGAGCCUGGUUUAGUGUUCUGCUGGGGCUGGUGGUCGGCUUCACGCUGGCUUCCAGGCUCAUCUUGCCCAAGGCGACGGAGCUGAAGAAAGCCGGACACAAGCGAAAGGCGAACCCCGCCGGCUGCGGACUGAACGGGGGCCACCGGACGGAAUACAACGGCGUACUGUGGCCGCUGCAUGAUAACGGUUCACCGGCGACCGAGAAGCCUGGAGCCGGCUCCAACAAUUUCCUCUUCGUUGGUGUCAUGACUGCUCAGAAAUACCUGAACAACCGAGCCGUGGCGGCACACAGGACAUGGGCACAGACCAUUCCAGGUCGCGUGGAGUUCUUCUCCAGUGAGGGCUCCGACACCUCCAUACCUAUUCCCAUUGUGGCCCUGAGGAAUGUGGAUGACUCGUACCCGCCGCAGAAGAAGUCCUUCAUGAUGCUCAAGUACAUGCACGACCAUUACCUGGACAAGUACGAGUGGUUCAUGAGAGCCGAUGACGAUGUCUACAUCAAGAGCGAGAGGCUGGAGGGCUUCCUGCGCAGCCUCAACAGCAGCGAAGCCAUUUUCCUGGGACAGACCGGCAUGGGAGCCAGGGACGAGCUGGGGAAGCUGGCCCUGGAGCCCGGAGAGAACUUCUGCAUGGGGGGGCCAGGGGUCAUCAUGAGCCGCGAGGUCCUCAAGAGGAUGGUGCCCCACAUCCGAGAGUGUCUGCAGGAGAUGUACACCACCCAUGAGGACGUGGAGGUGGGCCGGUGUGUCAGGAGGUUUGCUGGCGUCCAGUGUGUCUGGUCCUACGAGAUGCAGCAGCUCUUCUAUGAGAACUAUGAACCAAAUAAGAAGGGCUACAUACGAGACCUCCACAACAGCAAGAUCCACCGGGCCAUCACCCUCCACCCCAACAAGAACCCUCCCUACCAGUAUCGCCUACACAGCUACAUGCUCAGCCGGAAGAUCGCAGACCUGCGCCACCGAACCAUUCAGCUCCACCGGGAGAUUGUUCAGAUGGGACGCUACGGGGCGAAUGAGCCCAGCCGAGAGGACCUCCAGCUUGGCAUGCCGCCUUCAUUUAUGCGCUUCCACCCUCAGCAGAGAGAGGAGGUUCUGGAGUGGGAGUUCCUGACAGGGAAGUACCUGUUUUCAUCCUCCGAUGGUCAGCCGCCCCGCCGCGGAAUGGAUUCAUCCCAAAGGCAGGCCCUGGAUGACAUCAUCAUGCAAGUCAUGGAAAUGAUCAACGCCAAUGCCAAGACACGAGGGCGGGUCAUUGACUUCAAAGAGAUCCAGUAUGGCUACCGGAGAGUCAAUCCCCUGUACGGGGCCGAGUAUGUGCUCGAUCUGCUGCUGCUGUACAAGAAGCACAAAGGAAAGACCAUGACAGUUCCUGUGAGGAGGCAUGCCUACCUGCAGCAGACCUUCAGCCAGAUCCAGUUCAGAGAGGAGGGGGAGAUGGAUGCCACAGCUCUGGCCAGCCAUAUCAACAAGGAUUCAGACUCUCUCUCAUUUCUGUCCAACUCCCUAAAGAUGCUGGUGCCCUUCAAGCUGGCCACCUCUGGCCAGGACCAGAGGGAACCAAAGGAGAAGAAAGUCAACAUCUUGGUACCCCUGUCGGGACGCUAUGACAUCUUUGUGCGUUUCAUGGCUAACUAUGAACGAGUUUGUCUGAUCCCAAACCAGAACGUCAAGCUGCUGAUCCUGCUCUUCAGCACAGACAACAACACGGAGCGGGUCAAGCAGGUGGAGCUGAUGAGGGAGUAUCACAUGAAGUAUCCUCGGGGCGAGAUGGAGAUAAAGCCGGUCACCGGCUCAUUCUCCAGGGCUCUUGCUUUGGAAGUGGGCUCCUUGCACUUCUCCAAUGAUUCGCUGCUCUUCUACUGUGAUGUGGAUCUGCUCUUCACCAGUGACUUCCUCAAGCGAUGUCGGACCAAUACGGCACUGGCAGAGCAAACUUACUUCCCCAUCAUCUUCAGCCAGUAUGACCCCAAAGUGGUGUACGCCGGGAAGGUCCCCAGCAACAACCACUACGUCUUCACCUCUAAGACAGGUCUGUGGAGAAACUACGGCUUUGGGAUCGUCUGUGUCUACAAAGGGGACUUGGUCCGGGCUGGAGGCUUUGAUACCUCCAUCCAAGGGUGGGGAUUGGAGGAUGUGGACCUUUUUAAUAAAUUUGUCCAGUCAGGGAUUAAGUUGUUCAGAAGCACAGACACAGGGAUAGUGCAUGUUCACCACCCCGUCAUAUGUGACCCAAACCUGGAGGCGAAGCAAUACAAGAUGUGCGUUGGCUCCAAGGCGUCUUCGCACGGCUCCACCCAGCAGCUGGCCGAGCUCUGGCUGGAGAAGAACGACGACGGCUUCAGGAGACUCGCCAGCAAUAACGGCUCAGUUAGGACAGCGUGAGAAAAGCCGGGCUGCAGACUGCGUGGUGACUUCACUACCUAAUUUAUUUUUUACUGAGACAUGGAUUUUGAAAAUGUGUCUUCUUUUUUUUUAAAGGAAAAUAUACAAAAACACCGUGAUGAACAAGUCCCAGAGAACAUCUGGGUUCUAAAUGAUCAAAGAAUUCCUUUUCGAAGGGCCCGAUGCCCCUCUGGCCCCCAACACAGAUUAGUGUUCCUAAUGAAGUACACCGUCAUUGUCUUUGAAUAUUCCAUUUGGCUCGUGUGCAGAAAAAGGCGACUGGUGUCCACAUACUCUGGGACCACCAGUGCUCCAAAAAGAACUCGACUGAGUCAUUGAUUGUGAAUGUUUACAAAAGACUGAUUGUCAAAAACAAUUCAUCAAUGAUCACAGCUGUCUCAGCGGCCGUGGUUCCGCUUGUCUUUUCAAUGUGACGUAUCAUCCUGUCACACCGGGACUCAUUAAAUGUCAGGUGUUUACACUAUGAGAUCAGAUGUGGCUCGCAUUGGGAUCCGAUCAGGGCCACCACAUACCCAGGGGGUCUGGUUCAUAUUGAGUUCAGAUCCCAGUGAGUGUGGACAGUAUGUGGACCAAUCCAGACCCUGGUCUCCAUCAUCUCCACCCGGAGCCCAAAGGAAGAGCAGGGGAGUCCUGUUCACUUACUGCUGAUUAUGGUGCUUUCACAUAACCAAGCAACAUCACAGGGUGAACAAUUAAUUCAUCACUGAAUUAGUGGAGGUCUGUUGGCACCUAUUCUUCUGUCUCCUAAUCCUAAAGAGAAAGGAGCCUAAAGCUUGUGAAGAAUUUACAGAAAAUAUCUUUUUUUGUAAAUCUCCAGACGCAGCUUUGACCUCCAAAUGCAUCUGAUCACACUCUGGUGUCGAGGUGCAUACGGUGACAAAGCCCCCAAUGAGAAGACAAAUGUAACCACAGCCAAUGGUGUCAAAGAAUUUCAUUUCCAAUUCACAUUUAGGAUUUUGGUAAUAUGACACAACACUGUUAUUGUUUCUCCUGGAUUUUAAAUUUUUAUUUCUGUGAACCCAACUGCUGGAUUUUCUAUCUGCAAUUGAGCUUUUGCUGUCUUAUUUAUUGAAUUUGCAGGAUCCACUUGUUCUCUCUCACUGAGCUGUGUAGAUGAAACGAUUGUAUAACUGUGUCAGUUGCGCUUUUUUAUGUUGCUUUUCUUAAACUCAUUAUCACCAAAGAGUUUUGCACAGUCGUGUGUGUGUGUGUGUGUGUGUGUGUGUGUGUGUGUGUGUGUGUGUGUGUGUGUGUGUGUGUGUGUGUGUGUGUGUGUGUGUGUGUGUGUGUGUGUGUGU